AUGGUUUUGCAUCUUACUUUUGUUAUUUUAGCUGAAAUUAAUACGGCGGGCAUCCGGAAAGUCCUACACAUCGCUAUGGGGUCUGGUGACAAACCACCAUCUCGCCUUCUUGGCCCAAAAUCUGGGGCGAUUCGAGGUAAAGCCGUUGUUGAGCAGUCCGUUGUUUCAGAGAAUGAAUCGGAGCUCCAGGAGAGCAUCAUGGACUGUGACUGGUCUCAACUUGAAAGUACCUACAUACGAAUGAUGGACCGACAUGAAAGAUCCGAAGAAGAACUGCGAGACCAUAUUACGAAACUGCUUCAGGUACCUUAUAAUGAAUAUAGCACUUACCCCCCAGGCUUUGACAUGACCCUCCAGGUGUUCACAGCUUGGUCGCAAACCACAGUUGAGCAUGAUGAAACUAGAGCCCUGAAAAGGUUCCGGACGCAGAUGCACCAUGUCCAGAAUUCCGAAGAGACCCUGGAGAAAAAGCGGAAGCAUUAUCUGGAUGUUGUAAAGGCUUUUGAAAGUGCACUGGCACUUUUAAAUGACCGCGUGAAACCUUAA